AUGGCGCCGGAGAAAUGGCCUUUUCGACACAUUAUAAUCCAUUCCGUCAUGGCCGCCGCAUCUUUCUCUGCCACUUCCGACGAUGGAGUCGCUGUCACCGAGAUCGCGCCCCUCCGCGUCUUCUUCAUCCCCUUCUUCGCGUCCAGCCACAUGAUUACCAUGGUUGACCUUGCCUGCCUUUUCGCCGGUCGGCCCGGAGUCGAGCCCACAGUCGUCCUCACACCCGCCAACGCCGACCUCAUCCGUUCCACCCUCGACCGCUCCGCCGCCGCUGGCCGCUUCGUCCGCCUCCUCCUCUUCCCCUUCCCUUCCGUCGGGCUCCCCGAUGGUGUUGAGAACAUCGCUACCGCCCCCGCCUCUGACACCUGGCGUGUCUACAAGGCCCUCGAGCUCGCCCAGUCCAUCCACGACGAACUCAUCCGACUCCAUCGCCCCGACGCCGUCGUCGCCGACAUCCCCUACUGGUGGACCACUUCCAUUGCCGCUUGUUGGUUCCGUGGAUCAGUACGGCAGGCCCCAAUAUCCAACACCGCUGACCUCGGAAUCCCUCGCAUUACCUUCCACGCCGUCGGCUGCUUCGCCCAGCUCGUCAUGAACAACCUCUUCCGUAUCCGGUCGGAGCUAGCCAUCAACAAUGGGAGUAGUAGUCCUACUCCGAUCGUGUCCGUCCCUGGUCUGCCAGGGAGGUCGAUUUCCAUCCCGCGGGCGGAGCUCCCGAACUUUUUAAAGGCGCCCAAUCACGUGACCGCCGCGUGGGAUCGGAUGAAGCAGGCGCAGCUGAAGUGUCACGGCGUGGUGGUCAACACCUUCAGCGCCCUCGAAGGCGAGUACUGCGAGGAGUACCGCAUGGUGGACGCCCGGCGCGCCUGGUUCGUGUGCCCUGUCGCGCUGACCGCCAAUGCAGGCAUCGAGCGGGGAGGAGGCGAAACAGGGGAGGCGACCGGAAAGGAGUGCCUGCGGUGGUUGGACGAGCGGGAGGAGGGGUCGGUGGUGUUUGUGUGCUUCGGGAGCUGGUGCUUCUUCACGGACGAGCAGCAGCGGGAGCUAGCUGCCGGGCUGGAAGCCUCGGGCCGGCCGUUCCUGUGGGCGGUGAGGGCGGCGGAGGAGAACGGAUGGAUGGAGGAAGGAUGGGAGGAACGGGUGAAGGAGAGGGGACUGGUUGCCCGGGGCUGGGUACCGCAGGUGGCCAUCCUCGGCCACCAGGCCGUGGGGGCCUUCCUCACCCACUGCGGAUGGAACUCUGUUCUGGAAGCCGUCACCGCCGGGGUGCCGAUGCUGACGUGGCCGCUGGUAUUCAAGCAGUUCAUUAACGAGCGGCUGGUGGUUGAAGUGGUCGGCGCGGGACGGCGGGUGUGGGAGGGGCCGCGCGCCGAGGCCGAAGCGGAGAAGACGGUGGUACCACGGGAGGCCAUCGCCUCGGCUGUCACGCGGUUCAUGGAGGCGGGCGGAGGGAGGGAGGAGGCCGCGAAGAAGGCCACGGAAUUAGCGGAGGCGGCGAGGGCGGCGGCGGAGGAGGGCGGGUCGUCGCAGCAAGAUCUGGAGAAUCUGAUCGACGAACUGGUGGCAGCGGGCCGCCGUGGAACGGUAGAGAGCCAAUUAGCUUAAUCAAUUACUCCAAUUUAGUCGCAAUUAAUAAAAAUGUAGGACGAUAAGUAUGGAUCCUAUUGGUACCCGAUGCCUUAAUGCUUAUCUUAAUUAUUAUGAAUCUAAAA